AUGAACGAAAUUCCUAUCCGCUUGAUACGCCUAUCGGAUAUGACAUUAGUUGGGCGUAAUGACGUGAGGCAGCACUUCCGGAGCUCAGUCCCUGGAGUGACAGUAUUGUAUCAUGCCCCACACCAUGUCAAGUACGCCAUUCUAUCUCACCGCCUAACCUACGGAGAGAUGAAGGCGGGCACAGCAGCAGGUCCGGGAUACGAGAAGCUGAAGAGCUUCUGCGAGAAGGCCAGGGAAUACCAGACGGAAUUCGCUUGGUCAGAUACCUGUUGCAUCGACAAGAGCAGCAGUACUGAGCUCGAUGAGUCGAUCCGCUCCAUGUUUCGGUGGUACAAAAAUUUGACCAUUUGCAUCGUUCAUAUGGCAGAAAGCGUGAUCAUCGAAGAUAUAUUGCAUGAUGAAUGGAUCAAUGAGGGGUUGGACGCUGCAGGAACUCCUUGCAGAGCCACUGGCAUUCCUGUCGAUGACCUACAUGAGCUUUUGCCAGGUCCGUUCAGGGUCGACGAACGGAUGACGUGGGCAGCCAGGUGCAAGACAACAAGGCCUGCAGAUUCGCGUAUGGAGAAGGAGGAGAUCAGCGCAUUCUGCAGGCUCAUCGAGGCCAUCAUGCAUGCUGGUAACCCUUCUGUCCUCAACUGGAAGGGUGAAGCUGCGAAACAUCACUUUUCGGAUGCUAUUCCCCGGUCGCCACAGAGCUUCGUGGGCAGCCAAGGUUCGGAGUUUGGUGGUGGGCGACUAGAGAUGACUAUGACUAGCCUCGGCUUGCGAGUGGCUCUAGUGAUGCUCCCUCUCACUUUUCAUCUGGAAGAGUUCGUGGGUGUUUCGGAUGUCCGAAUCACACUCGACUGCCCGCUAUGUCCAACCGUCAAAACUGACAUCACUACAGACCACAAUUAG